CGCUGGCCUUCUUCCUCAACAUCUCCUUCUCACAGUUUUAGUUUAAAUUCUUUGUUCAUGGAGAUAAAAUGGCACAAGCCCUAACUGGUGUUACAGGUUCAUGAGCUAACAAUCCAGUCACUUCUCUGUAGUGGGAGUGAGAGUUGUAGCUGGUCCACUUGUAGUUCAGCUUUGGGUUGUUACCCUAUGACCCGUCAUUACUUUUAUUAAAAUUAUUAACUUGUUUCAUAGUUUCAAACUUCCCCAGUGCCAAACCACAUUCGCAGCCCUUUAUAUGGAGUGUCAAAACUACAGUGGUCAAUUAAAUUGCAGAGCUUAGUUAUUUUCUACCCUGUUUUAACAAGUCAUAAGCUCAAUUUUGUGCACUGCUUAUUUUCUACAGAAUGCACUAUAUAUUCCUGAUCUUUGCCUUGCCCUCUGCUCAAAAUGAGCCAUGUGAUUCUUCCUGUGAGCCAGUAUGGAAGUGCUAAUGACCAUUGAUCUGUAGUGAUUAUGGGCCAAGCUGAGCUUUAGUUAGGUGUCCCACCAGAGACCUUGUCUGUGAUUGAGGGUGGAUGCAGCAUGUGGAUAAAGGAACUGAUUUGUCCUGUGUAGAAUCAUUUUAUGAGCGAUAUCUGCACUAUAACUGUGCAUUUGUUAAAGUACAGGAGAGAAGUUAAUUUUAAGUUUAUAAUUAAUCUCAUUUUGUUAAAUAUCUCAAUAGUGUAAAUCCUUCCUUAAUCAUGAUAUUAGCUUCUGCUGUACCCAUACCCAUAUUAAAUGGACUAUAUAGUUGGCUCAUCAGUUAUAAGCUGGCAUCAGCUGUGGGAAAAUACAGUUUACAGCCUUCUUACAUUUCGUGGGAGCUAACAUGUUAUCUUGAUUCAUCACUGAAAGAUACAGCAGUGACUUCUUGUAUGUUUAUGGAGCAGCCAGUUUGAACAUGCUUGUGCUUGUGCUUGUGAACUUAAUACGGCGAUUAUACAGUGAGUAAGCCUGGAGGCUUUCUCCUCUCCUGUAAGGACGGCCAGCAGCACCAAAAUAUCUCUGCAAUGCCAGGAUGGGGACGUGCCUUUGGAAGUGUGUUAAGAAUAGACCCACAAUGGGGCUUGCUCCUGUCUUCUGUUGUCUGAGGACAGACAGUUGUCUACAGGGGACGGAGGAAGAAGUAAUUUGCAUGGUUUACUUGUGUUUUGGAUGACUCAAAUGGAUCAGAUGGGAUUUUACCCUCUGGAACCUGGCACAUAGCCUGCUAAGAGAGAGCAUGAGAGUCGCGGAGGGAACGCUGUGUUAGUCAACCUGGAGGUUAUUGUACUACUGGAAACCGCUGUGUUUUAUAGAAAGUAUAGAAGAGACGUGGCUGGGUAGGGAGAGAGGUGCUGGCUUAAAAGUGUACCUUGUGUCCUGAGACUUGAAGACUACAAGAUUUUGAUUUUGGAGGCCUUCAGCACAGAAAGCAUGGUGGGAUCAAGUGCCUCUGAGGUCAUCUUUAUCUCUGUCAAUCACAGCAUCACUUUGAUGGGGAAAGUGUGGCUCAUUGUGAUGAUCUUCCUCCGUAUCCUGAUCCUCCUCUUUGCUGGCUAUCCUCUCUACGAGGAUGAGCAGGAACGAUUUGUGUGUAACACCAUUCAGCCCGGCUGUGCCAAUGUGUGCUAUGAUCUGUUUUCUCCCAUCUCUCUCUUUCGCUUCUGGCUGGUGCAGCUCAUCACCUUGUGUCUCCCCUACAUCAUCUUUAUUAUCUACGUGGUCCAUAAAGUGUCAAAUGGCUUCAUUGUGGACCUGAACUCCUCUAGGCAUGUUCAAGUCCUGCCACUGUUAAAGGUCCACCGGGAGCCAUUCAGCAAGACAUCUGUAAACAACAAGGUGGCUGAGAGAGGUGGGGGACAGUGCUUCACAGGAGCCUAUAUUCUCCAUCUGAUGUUCAGAACCUUGUUGGAGGCAGGGUUUGGGGCAGCUCAUUACUAUCUUUUUGGUUUCUACAUUCCCAGGAGGUUCUUAUGCCAGCAUCCACCAUGCACUACCCAGGUGGACUGCUACAUCUCCAGGCCCACUGAGAAGACGGUGAUGCUCAACUUCAUGCUCGGUGUGGCUGCUCUGUCCCUUUUCCUAAAUAUGCUGGAUUUCAUCUGCACCAUCAAACGCUCUGUGAUGCAGAAGAACAAAAAGAAGGUGAUGGUGGAAAAGAUUUAUGAAGAAGAGCAGUGUUUUGCUUCAGCUGAAGGAGCCCCCAGAGCAAUAGAACCAAACACCCCAAUGGCGCAGCAGGAUCUAGAGGUGGAGGCUGGUCAGACAGGAAGUUUCCGGAAGAGGGGAGGUAGCAAGGGCUCUUGUGGAGGAGGGGUGCUUGCUUUAGGUCAGGAUCUAUCCUGCCUGGAGCGCUCUUUGGGACAUCAAGGUCGCAACACCAAUGGGAACAACGGCUACUCUGUUUCACAAGAGGAGACUCCAGAGAGGAAUGGCAGUGAAGUGGCUCUCUGCCCUCCAGAGCCAAUGGGAACACCAAGAUCCAUUCGUGUUAGCAAACGUAGUCGACUCAAACCACCACCUCCACCAAGGCGAGACCUUGGGUCAUCUCUUGGGGUCGCAGCAGGGCCCACUGGGGAAGUUUCCACUGCAACAGCAAUCUGUACCAGAAGGAUGGGUCAGUAUACACUGGUUGAGCUACAGACCAGUGACGAUGGGCAAGAGAAAAGAUCAGAGUGGGUGUGACUUGGUUGGAUUGCUUUAAUUUCAAGGGCAUUUGGGAACACAAGAAUAGCACAAAUAGGUGUGGGAGCAAAAUGAGAAACAAUCAAGGCUUGCACAGUGGGAACAAUGCAGAAUGCAUGUUGCAUGCACAAUGCCUUUAUAAUGCCUAUAAAGAGCACUAGCUGAGUGAUGCAAAACAACAAGAAUUUGAGUCAUGAAUGUGAACUUAACAAAAUAAAACACUCUAGCCUUAAGUGUCCUUGAAGAGGCUCAACCUUGAGAAAAUCUAAAAGAGGGUGCAGCACACCUGUUUCUUCCCUUGUUGACUUUACACCCACCUUCC